AUGGGUUUGCUGCUCGUGCGGGAGCGGUAUGCAAAAGAGGGAGGAGGAGGAAGGGAGGGAGGCUCUAGGACCCAUCCAAGCCCUCCCGAGGAGGAGGUGGGAGCUGUCUCCCGCGGCAGCAGGAGCCGAGGCCGGGCGCGGAGCCCGCGUCCGCAGCCGAGCCCCGCAGCCGAGCCCCGCAGCGCCGGACCCGCCGCGCCCCGCACGGCCAUGAGCCGGCUCCCGCCGCUCCUGCGCUGCAUCGCCGCCCUGCUUAUUGUCUCUUGUUCUGGAUCACAUGAAGAAAACUCUGCUUCUCCAAAUGCACCUCAGAAGCUCUCCAGGACAGAAAAUAAGAUGGUUUCAUUACACCAGCCUUCAAAACCAGAGCUCUCGUGUCUCCUGGGCUCGAGCUGUUCGUGGGGGACGUCUACAGACAGCUCUGGGAAACCCGACUGGGUGAUGUCUUCAGCUGGUGUCCUGGUGUCUCAGGAGAGACAGCAGCUGCCUCUGGAAAACAGUUCCUCCCACGGAGACGUUGAAGGAGACAUUUUCCUCCUGAACACCAGUAGGAUCCCAGAUAGAUGUGAGUUCAGCCUGCAUAGCCCCAUCCUGCCUGGGAGCUUGGACUCUUGCUUGCUGGAACUGGCCAUAUGUUCACAAGAUGCUGUUCCUCUCCUCCAGAGGUUCACAGCUGAAAUCAGAUAUGUGGAGACAAACAGAAAGAUGAUGCUUUCUCUGAGAGUUGCCCAUGAGGAAGAUGCUGGGAUGAAAUGGAAACACCUAAUGGCCCAGAUUGGCCGAAUAGAAAGACCUUUUAAGAUCACCUUGCUGUAUUCAAACUGUGGAGCACAAGAGGUUGGGGUACUGGCAGUGGGCUCCUUGCAACUCAGGAACUGCUUUCAUGAUAAAGAAAACCAAGAUCUUUCUAUAUAUGACAAAGGCUCCACUUUCCCCUGCCUGGCUGGAGGCUGUGUCAGCCACCUGCAGAUCUGUGAGUUCGUCAGCGAUUGCCCUGCCAAGGCGUGGGAAGGAGGGAGGUGUGAUGGCCUCCCAGAGGGCUCACAUUGCUCUUUUGAAGAAGGUCCAUGUGGCUGGACACUGAAUGCAACUGCAGCAUUUCCUUGGUCUAUUCGGGGCUUUACUGACAUGAUUCAAGAUGAUUCAGUUGUGGGAUCUACUUUGCAAGCCACAGGGGGACACGUCCUCUACCUGCGAGCAGCCAGCCAUCGGGCGAGCGGUACGGCUGAGGCUCACAGCACCAGCUUGCCAGCCACUAUUGCCACUGAAGACUACCAGAUCCAGUUCUCAGUGCAUGUUUUUGGCAGUUACAAUGGUACUGUCUCCCUCUCUGUCAGGGAACAGAUAAAGGGAGCUCCACUCACCCUGCUGCUGUGGGAGAGGGCAGGGAGCUGGAGUGACCACUGGUUUCUCAUCACCAUACCAAUGCCAGUGCUUCAGAACCGGUUUCAACUGCAACUCCUGGCAACCUGGGGCUGGAAUUCCCAAGCUGACAUUGCUGUUGACAACAUCACCUUUGGCCUGGGCUGCUUCCCUGACGGGAGACAACCAAAUCAUCCUGGUGGAAAGCAUCAGUACACACGGGAGAUCAGCGUCCUGGAUGAGCAUCUUCUGAACCCCCUGGAAGAGCCCUCCCUCCCAGGGGACACAUCAGCUGCUGUUCUCUGGUGGUUCUCCACGUGUGGAGCCAGUGGCCCCCAGGGGCCGACUCAAGCUCAGUGUGACAGCGCCUACAAGGACAGCAACGUGUCGGUGACGGUGGAGCGGGAGGGCAGGCUCCGAGGAGUGCAGGUCUGGCGGGUGCCAGCCACUAACAGAUACAGGAUUUCUGCCUAUGGAGCAGCUGGGGGGAAAGGAGCCAAAAACCACAAUAAGAGGUCCCACGGGGUCUUCAUCUCAGCCACCUUCCAGCUGGAGAAAGAUGAGCUGCUGUACAUCUUAGUGGGGCAGCAGGGGGAGGAUGCCUGCCCUGGGGGCAAUCCUGAAACCCAGAAGAUCUGCUUAGGAGAGUCAUCCCUCAUUGAGGAAGAGCACAGGAAGAAAAAAGACCUGAAGGACUGGGCUGGAGGAGGUGGGGGUGGAGGAGGAGCAACCUACAUCUUUAGACAGAAGGAUGGGAUUUUCGAACCUUUGCUCAUCGCAGCAGGAGGAGGAGGAAAAGCCUACCUGAAGGCUCAGGACAGCUCCCUGGAUGAUGCACCCCUGGAGCAGUUUGAGAACAGCUCUGCAGUCCCUGGGCUCAGCGGGAGGACGGGGGCAGCAGGUGGAGGUGGUGGCUGGCAAGAUGAGAGUCUGCUUCCUCAGGCUGGGAAGUCGCUUCUGGAAGGUGGAGAAGGGGGUCAAGCUUGUCCCCAAGCACUAGCCAAGCUCCAGUGGGCCACCUCUGGUGGCUUUGGUGGGGGAGGAGGAGCUUGUACUUCAGGGGGAGGAGGUGGAGGCUACAGAGGUGGGCACGCCUCUGGCAGCGAUGAUAUCACAGCUGGGGGGCAAGAUGGCAUCUCUUUUGUGAACCCCAUUGGAGAGAUCUUCCUGCAUCCCCUGGCAGCCAUGGAGAGUCAUGGAGAGGUGGAGGUUCAGAUCUACCUGAACUGCAGCCACUGCCACUCGGACAACUGUAAGCGAGACCCUGACACCAACCUGCCAGUGUGCCAGUGUGAGAUGGGGGCUGUGCUAGCCAACGACAACGUCACCUGCACUGUGCCCCAGGGUCCUGUCCCAGAGGGACACCUGCCUCUCCCACUCCUCCUAGCUGUGGUGGCUGUGAUCGUGGUGCUUGGAAUGAUCCUCACCUGUGGCAGCCUGUCUAUCAUUUAUCACCUGAAGAAGCAGCAGCUGGAAGGAGCCAGAGCGCGGCUGCAGAGCCCCGAAUACAAACUGAGCAAGAUCCGCACGUCAGCCAUCAUGACAGACUACAACCCCAACUACUGCUUUGCAGGGAAGGCUGCCACCCUCAGCGACCUGAAGGAGAUACCACGCAAGAACAUCUCUCUGCUCCGGGCACUAGGACACGGUGCCUUUGGUGAGGUUUAUGAGGGAACUGUGGUGGGCAUUGCAGGGGAUCCCAGCCCUCUUCAAGUGGCUAUCAAGACCCUACCAGAAGUCUGUUCUGAGCAGGAUGAGAUGGAUUUCCUGAUGGAAGCAUUGAUUAUCAGCAAGUUCAACCACCAAAAUAUCGUGCAGUGCAUCGGUGUGAGCCUCCAGACCCUGCCUCGCUUCAUCCUGCUGGAGCUCAUGGCUGGGGGAGACAUGAAGAGCUUCCUCCGGCAGAAUCGCCCCCGGCUGAGUCAGCCAUCCACACUGACAAUGCAGGACCUGCUGAACAUAGCCAGAGACAUUGCCUGUGGCUGUAAAUAUCUGGAAGAGAAUCAUUUCAUCCACAGAGAUAUAGCUGCAAGGAAUUGCCUUUUGACUUGCACUGGAGCAGGUCGAAUAGCCAAGAUUGGAGACUUUGGGAUGGCCAGGGACAUUUACAGAGCAAGUUACUACCGCAAGGGAGGCAGAGCCAUGCUUCCUGUCAAGUGGAUGCCACCAGAAGCCUUUCUAGAGGGCAUUUUCACCUCCAAGACUGACACCUGGUCCUUUGGUGUGCUGCUGUGGGAGAUUUUCUCUUUAGGCUACAUGCCCUACCCUUGCAAAACCAAUCAGGAAGUGCUGGAAUUUGUCACCAGUGGAGGAAGGAUGGAUCCACCCAAAAACUGUCCAGGACCAGUGUACAGGAUCAUGACACAGUGCUGGCAGCACAGCCCAGAGUACCGACCAAACUUCUCCACCAUCCUGGAGAGAAUCAAGUACUGCACGCAGGACCCUGAUGUGAUCAACACCGAGCUGCCCGUGGAGUGCGGCCCCGCGCCGGAGGACGAAGGGAGCACGGUGACGCGCCCCACCGUUUCCAGCGGGGCCGUGCCCCUGUUGGUGAGCCCUUCUCUCAGCCCUCAGGCAACACCCAAAGCCCUGCACUCCCACCACGCUGGGCACAAGCUGGUGCAGCGGCCACAGGAGCUGCUGGUGGAGAACCUGAGCGGCCGGAGCGCUCGAGGGCCCAGCCUGCCGUGCCUCGGCGACUGCAACGGCGGGCCCUGGUUCCAGCACACCUCCAACCAGAAGCUGGAGCUCGGCCAUCCACCCGCCCACAGACUUAAAAACAAAACCAAAAACCUUUGGAACCCCACCUACGGCUCGUGGGUGCUAGAGACCGUGGCUCACCUCAGCCCCGGCUCCAAGCUCCCAGCAGCUCCCGAGCGGGACGACUCGGGCUUGGAUGGGAACUGCAGCUCUCCCGGCUCUCGCGCCUCUCCAGCAUCCCCCAGUGGAAGCAACUGCCCUCACCUGGAUAGCAGUGGGAUUGAACUGGUGAGACUCCAGAGCUUCCCCUGUGGCAAUGUCAAUUAUGCUUACGAUGACCUGUGCUGCAGCACCGACCUGCAGCCGUCGGCUCUGGCGCUCGGAGCGGCUGUGCUCAGGAGCUCCAGCCUGCACCGGCAUGAGAAGCCUUUGCGUGAGGCAGAGAAGACACUGAGAGAGAGGGACUCGGGGCUGUCGUUGUCGGAUGACCUGAGUGUUACUCCAGUGUAACUGAAAGGCUUCUUCCUAAGAGGAGGGAAUGUGUGGCUGUGGAAGGACUGCUUCCUAUUUCACUCACUUCCUCC